AUGUCACAUCCAACAUCCUUCAGCUCCCUCCCAGAGGAACUUCAAGUCAUGGUCGCCUCUUAUACCCCUCAGCACAACGCCGCCAUCUGCCUCCGCGUCUGUCAAGCAUGGAGACGAAUCUUCACAUCCUUUGUCUGGCGCCACAUUGAGACACGCACUUCUAUCGGACGAAAAGUCGACUGGGACACUACCUUCUUGGAGAGUGCCAGAUCCGGAUCCCUCAAAACUCACGGCCAAUGGAUCCAGUCCAUCAGUCUGCGCUGCUACCCAGACUUUAUCGAGGAGUUCCUGGAUCUGUCACCCGAGACCUUCCCUCGAUUGACGUCUCUCUCGUUCACCAACCCAGAGAGCGACUCCUUGAUUGCGUCCUUUAUUAGGAAGGCACCAUCGUCGGCGAUUGGGAAUAAUGGCAGUGGAUUGAAGAUGCUUGAAAUUAGUGGGUUCAAGGGGUUUGGCGACUUUGCAGAUAGCUCGACGGAUGCCCUUCUGGAGCAUGCAUCGACGCUCGAAGUGGUCCAGCUGGAUAUGAUGCCCUGUAUGAGCAGCAAAUCGAUUCAACAGUUCCUCUGUUCAGCUUCCCGCCUCAAGGAGUUUAGUAUUAUCGGAGACAGUCGAGACUCUGAUAACAAGGAUUUGUUCCUGGACGCCCAUGACGUUGUCUCGUCGGACUGGGUCUGUACCGAGCUGGAGGUGUUUGGUUGCCAGAUUGGAGGGAUCCCUCGACCGGACAUUACUCAGGAUAUCGCUGGAAAACCUGCUGUCGAUUAUAUCAAGGAAGGGACACAUCAGGAGAGUUUAGAUUUGCAGCGAGGGGUGUAUUCGCAGCUUGGCCGGUUGACAAAACUGAAGGAGUUGAUUCUGGGUGUGGCUGUCGUGCCGCGUUGGGGGGACGACGACAUUAGAAGACAGCGAAAUCGGCAGUACGACUGUCUAGCGAUGACUGUUGAGAGUGGAUUGGACUUGCUGAAGGAUUUGAGUGAACUCGAGGAUGUUUUCUUGGUUGACAUGGAGGUGCAUCUUUCCGACGACGGCGAUCAGGCAUCAUGGGUCAAAAAGAACUGGCCCAAGGUCGACCGCAUCGUGUAUUUCUGA